AAAGAUACCCAGCUAAAAAGUUAAGCUAGCUGUAGGUGCAUUUAAAUCCCGUACAAACAGCGUUCACUACCACUCCCGCACGAGGGUUUCGUGUGUAUCAUUUUGCUUCAAACCAUGAGGUUGAACCAUCUAGAAACGAUAGUUGUGCGAUGUAGCUAGCUGAUCUGUGGAACGGAAAUGCUGUGCUGAUGUGUGUGUGUGUGGAAUUGUACGUGUGAAUCCCGGUUGCUUUGUUGGGAUGCUUGUUGCCAGCAAUACACACGCAGAGCAAUGCGUCAGAAGCAUGCGACGGGCGAAUGCAAACAAGUAUGUGUGAGAUUGCAGCAGCUUCUACCCUAUCGUGGCGCUAUCGUUUUGUGGAUUUCUAAAAUGUUUGCUUGAGUGUGAAAAUAAGAGCUGUCACAUUAAAAUAUGGAAAUUGCACAUUGAAUUAAAAGAUAAAUUUAAUAAGGAAAAAGGAAAAAUCAUACAGUGUGGUGCAUGGAAUAUGAAUAUGCUUCGUAAGAAAUGUGUCAGUGUGUGCGCAACGAACAACAAGAAAUGGAAUAAGUAUGUAGGUGGUGUUUUUGUUCCUGCGAAACAAACGUACAAACAUUGUGAACCAACUUCUAAAGUGAAUGCAAUUUAAAUUUGUCAGCCUUCGAGGUCAGAUCGAGGAAAUCAUUAUUUUCCGUUCCUUUUUGCGGGGGGUGUAUUUUGUGUGUGUGCAUUGCUCUCUCACUCACGUACUGUCUGUCGCGUUUCUUCAUUCUGUUUGCGUGGCACCAUUGCAUCCGUGUCAACUAGGCAUAAGUUUAUGCCCUUCAAUCCCCCACGCGCAAAACAGAGUUAGAGAAAAAAACAGUGAAUUCAAUGAUAUUGUCUCAAAAAUUCAAUAACGUCCGUAAGGUGUUUGUAAUGUGCCUAAAACAAAGCCUAAAAUGUAGCAUUAAAUCAAACCAAAACAACGCCCUAAACACAUUCUCCUGUUCAUUUUGUUUAAGUGUAUGCGUGCUUGCGCAUGCUUGUGUGUGUGCGGUUAUGUAGUUGUAUAUCGCUGCGUUCUUCCAUUGGGGUGGUGGAGUGAUAAACAAAUGCUUACUUUGCUUUCCGAUAGCUUUCUGUUUUCAUCCAGCCAGUUUUCUUGUCCAUUUAAUGGUUGAUCUUUUGCAGUGAAGAUUGUUGCCGCCGGAAAUUUGCUGUUGUUUUAGUUGAUAGUGUGUGAGUGUGUAAUUGUUUUUCUCAUCUAGCUACGAUACGAUAUAGCUUCCUGUGUAUACGAAGUGUAAAGAAUUUCGGCUCAGUUUGUGGUGUUUUCCGUAGUGUCGUUCUUCCUUUCGGCUGUGUGGAGAUAUUAGGUGCAGCCGUUAGACAAAAAAAACGUCGAAAAAAGUAUCUUCAAAAAGGAGUAUAAAAGCUACAGAAACGCAUUUGUUGCUGGUUUGAAUAUUACAAAAAAGAUUUCGUCGCUUUGUUUUGAAGCUUUUACCUUUGGAUUACAAUCGAAGCACGCGCUGUUUCCGCUGUACGACGCGUAGUGGUGGGCUGUGUGUGUGUGUUUGUGUACGAAGGAAACACCUCACCGUGGGCUCACGUGGGGAGAUCCGAGAGUCGAAAAGCAAGAAACGAACCCCUCACGUGUCGCUGCACAAGGUGCCGCGCAUGCAUCGUUCCGUGCUGGUGCAAUGGUUACCGGCUGCUGCAAGGUGAACAGCAUCAGCCUGCCGUCGCGUUGCCGAAUGCAGCCGCGGAUUGCUACCACAAACACAACGACGACGACGACGACCGUGUCACGGUCAGCAUCAGCGACAUCAACGCCGGUACCACGCGGCAGUUAAUCACGCGCGACAUCCGACGACGGUUGUGGGCGAGCAAAAGCAGUCGCAACUCUAACCGAAAAUAAAACACAUACAACGUGUCUGCGAAAGAUGCCGCCUGCCAUGACGAAUCCGGACGCAACCCAUUCCGGAUGACUUCAUCAACAGAUGCUGACAGUGGGGAAGGUACAAAGUGCGAGAUUAUCGGUUUGUCAUCCUAAAGAGCAAGAUUGGGAGAGAGAGAGAAGAGAGAGAGAGAGAAGAAGGGCGCAUUCGACGAAAACAACAAACCGUUGACAGUUGUGUUCGAGCCGUGCGUUGCCACUGAUCACAGCAACCAAAGGCUAUAGAGGCGUGUGAUUUGAUCUGCAUUUUUACCAAAACCGAAAACCGCACAUUUAUUUACACCACCAACCCUGUGUGCGGUUUUCUGUUCAAAGAUACGCAGUGUGUGAUGUCCCUUUCAAGUCUCCAAAGUGGCUCUAUUUCGCAAACCUUUCCCUUCCGAAAGCAGUGGAGAAAGUGUGCAAACAACAAAAGGUGUGCGGUGCAAGGAGAAGGUGUUACGAAGUGGUGGAAAAUUUAAUCAAGUGAAGUUGGCCAACGUGCACAUGAAGGUGAAUUUAAAAUCAACAUCGUUCGAGUGUUGAUAUUCGAGCAUUCCGAGUCUCACAAAGUUUUGUGUUGCAUUGUUUGUAAGAUAAAGUGCGCGGCAGAAAAAGUGCACCACGAGAGAGGGGUAUAGCAAAAUAAAUUCGAGUGUGAUCGAUUUGUGUUGCAACGUGAAUGUGCCGUUUUCCCUCAACCCGGUGGUUGAGUAAAAUAAAAGCCAGAGAAAGUGUAGUGUAGCAUCGAAGGCGUCGAUUGUUUAUCUGUGACAACAUCGUGUUCAAAAUUUUGCUUUUGUGUGUGUGUUUGUGAGUGUCCAACAAAAUUUUUGGUGUGAUAAUACGGAGUGGAUAUGUGCUUGACGUUCAACUGUCAAAACCUGACGCGCCAGUGAAAGAAAGUGUCACUUGGUGAAGUUGUAGUAAAACAACAACAACAAAAAAAUACAUAUAAACAACCUGUCGUUUGUGGCGUUACGACACCCGGUUCGAUAAUUUCCGAAAUACAUCGGAGUUCGAAACACGAACGAAAAUCAGGAAAUUCAACGUCUUUCACGUCGCUUCACUACGUUCCCUUUCGUUCCCUCCGUCCUUCCAAUCCACAAAUCCACGAGCAUCCGAUCCGAUCGCUCGCUGGAUGAAGGGAAAGAUGGCGAUACUGGUGGCGUUUUGCAUUUUAUGAGUGAAAAGAAAGUGCUUUACAUCCAACCUUAGGUCCGUAGGAGGCUUUACGCGGAAGCAGGAAAAGAAGCAGCGGUGGUAAGCAACGAAAGCGCCCGCUACUGCUUCCCGUCUCUUCGCCCUUUGUCCAUCAACGAUGAAUUCCGUAUUUUCUGCAUUUAAAGCCUCCGCAACAUCUGCGCCGCCUUCGUCCGCGGCGACAGUAAAUUCCAACGGUGUCGGAAUUGGUGCAACGUCCGGCGGAGGCCACGACCACACCGGUAACGGCGGUAUGGUUCUCACGAACGGUACCCUGAUGGGUCCAAAAUCUGCCCCAACGUCGUCCUCAACCACCUCCUCGAAGCUGCUGCUCAAUAUCAAAACCCAUCGGCCAGCGGUGGCCGACCAUCCGCCCAACAGCAGCUACGAGAAGCUGCGACACAUACGCGAGAUCAGCUGCACCAACCGCAACAACAGUCUCGUCGUUGGGCUGGAUGGGGAAUUAGACGUAGUGCCCGCGCCAACUACAACGGAAGAUACCUCGGUAGCAACCACACCCGUCCAGAGUCCGAUGUCACUCGACGAGAAGUGUCUCGAUGGGGCGGACACCUUGGAUCCGCCGGGAGACUCUUCCAACAGCCUGCUUCUAAAUGGCAGCAGUGGACCUCGCAUCGUAAGCGUUGAUCAGGUCGACAACCACCUGAUCCUUCAUCAUCCUCAUCUGAACAGCAGUGCCGGACUGGUGAAUGGUACUGGUAAACUACACCCCGCAAAGGCUGACACAACGACCAAGAGUGAUAGCAGCAGUAGUAGUAGUAGCGGUAGUAACAGUGUUAGACCAACCAUAGCAGCAGUAGCUAGUAGUGGCAACAACAGUGAAAAUGGGUUGAUGCCGAAGAAAAAGAGCACCUCCACCUCGUGUACGGAUCUCGGUACGACACCGGCACCACUCGCUAUCAAACCACCAUCAGGUGCUUCCCUGACGACCUCGUCCUCCGGUGCCAUCUCGUCGGUGGACGGUACCGUGUCCAAUGGUACGAUUGCGAGUAUGCCACCACGGUUCCACAAACCAAGGUUAAGCCUGAGCAACAGCUGCGGUGGCGGAGGAAACGGUGGUCUCUCCACCAGCAGCAUGCCCUCAGUUCAUGGACGCACCGGACCGAACGCGAACGGUGGAUCGUCCUCGUCCGGAAUGCCACCGCCAAAGACGAGACUUUCAACGCACCAAAGAAAUCUUAGUUUAGACUUUAGAUCAAUGGGAAUUCUCUUACCUCCAGUGUCGCAGGUGACCAACAAUCGCAUCAACAUGACCCAACAUCACCGGAAUCGAAGUUUAGAUAGUGCACUGCAACGGAUACCGGAGGUGGAAGUGUCCUCACCGAGUGCGGAAUCGGAAAAUACUCUACACUGCACGAACGGUAUACUGAGCGGCACGAUGUGCAGCAAAAUCAUCCAAUCCUCGUCCACCAAUCCGACCAACACACCGAGUAAUAGUGGCCGAGGAAUUACCUCAAAUUCUAUUGCCGGCAAUACGGUAAAAGGCGGUUCGGGCGGCUCCGAACCGGACACAGAAACGGUUGUAAUAGCAGCUGCCUCAACCACUAACAGUAGUACGCAUCAUCAACCAAAUCGGCAACAGAUGAGCAGAAAGGUGGACCUCCUAGAGCAAGCUACGCUACGGGCGCUGAAAAGUAGUCAUUCCACGGAUGCUGAAACGAUCGUAAAUUCGAUUGUGAAGGAUAGUGACAGCAAAAAGCGAGAAGAUCUUACGAGUCUUGGAUCGGAUGACUCCGGCAUCAUUUGUGGCUCGGAACCUGAUCAUACCUCGUUGACGAGAAUCCGCCGAUCUAGGGAAAGUCUGGACUCGGGUGAGAUUGAUCCGUCGGAGGAGGAAUGCAUUGAGAUACUGGAAACCACCUCCAUGGAUGAGGAGUACCGGAUGCUACAAUCCGACCUGUGCUUCUACCCAACGACCAUGGACCGAACAGCAAAAGAAGACGGAAGCGACUCGGACACGAGACCGCUCGAUAAUUGCAUUGAGCUUCAGCAGCAGCAUCCACAGCAAAACACACUAACAUCUGCCGGAUCAGGUGUGAAUGGACCGGUAAGCGAUAAAGUUCGCUACAGACAGCAAAAUAUGACCCGUGCUGCGAUCAUGCUUGAGAAACUGUUCGUUCCGAUUCACUACGAAGACGGCGAAAAUGGUCCGGUAGUAGAUGGAACUCUCGGCAAUGAAGAAGACGAGAUGCUUGCCCAUGCAGAUGCAGCCACACCGAUCGUUGCCGAAGGAAAAAGUAUGACAACACCUACGAACGCCUCGACGAUGACAACGGGUCCCUUUGCUCAGCAACCUGCUUCCACCACCAGCGUGCCAAGUGCGGCGGUCAGUCCGAAUGAGACAAAACCUACCGUCAACGAUCCUCCGAAGACCGAUCAAAAGAAUGAAGUAAUGUUUCGGAACUUUUUCGGUGCAACCAAGAAUGCCAUCUUCCGGACGGCGCAAAGCAUUAUCGAUAAUCACGAGAAAAAGCACGCGAAGCAGCGAGAAAAGCAAGCAGCAACUAACACAUCACCGGAAGAAGCUGGUCCGGCAACGACGGGCAGUGGUGGAGUUUCGACGGCAACGUCCAGCAACACUUCCAAUACUACUGUCAAAUCCCCAACGGAGCUGCUGAGAAAGCGUGAGUUUGGUAGUAUGUUCGCGAGGAGUAGCAACAGCAGCAAACACCAUCACCAUACCCAGCAAAAUAGUAACAAUAGCAGUAGUAGUAGCAGUGUCGCCACACCAACCGCAAACACCACGACAACAACCUCAGCGUCGAUGGAAUUCGAUACAACUUCUUCAUCCACGGAGAGCGGCAGCAGUCAGCUAAACAUUCCCAAGGCGUCACUUUCGAAAUCAUCCUCGACCGCAUCGUUGAAGCUAGUUCCUGGUGUGGCAGUAGCAGCAACUCCUUCCUCCUGCAACACAACCUCCACCUCCUUCAUGCACUGCACCGGCAGUGGACCGCGCGAUGAGUCCCAGAUUCGCACGGAACGAACGGGGCAGAGUGGUCUUUUGCGCUUCUUUGAAUCGCCCGUGUUCAACAUACACUUUGCCGUGCAUUACCUGUUCUACUCGAAGGAACCGGGCGUGCUGAGCUUUAUCGGCAAUAAGAUCUUCAGCUUCCCGAACGGUGAGGUGGAUCUGUACAUACCGCAGCUGAUCGUGAUGUACAUGCAGAUCGAAGAACUGUCCGAAGUGCUUGACCCGUACCUGGUGUACCGGUGCCGGCAAUCAGUGGACUUUUCGCUCAAGUGUGUUUGGCUGCUGGAGGCUUACAACUUCAACACGGAGAUGCUUAGCGGUGCUGGCAAUAGCGUACGCAAGCAUUUAAGCUUAUUGCGCGAGCUUUACCCCAAGCGGGAACGAGUGAAGCUAGCUGCGCCCAUUGCCCCCGUCACCACCGGUAGUGAGGCGUUGCCGACGAGCAACGAUCCAACUCUACAAGCACAUCCAGCGUUGUCUGCGGUACGUAAAACGCAUCACCGCUCGCAGUCCGAUGCCACGGGUAUGAUGGGACUGUUGGCACAACAUCACCACGCUCAUCACACUCCACUACCCGGAGUUCCCGGUCCCAGCAACCGAACGCCGGUGUGUUUGGGUGAUUUGAGCACGGGCCGAGCUUUUGACAAUGGUUGCGUGUGUUUCGAAUCUGUGCGCGGUACAGUGAACGAUCUGCUCGGCCAACAGACGGUAUGUUCCUGCGGGGCGCCGAAACUAGCGCCCGAAAAGGAGUUCAUGAAGGCAUUGAUCGACAUCGGGAAAAUGCUCACCUGUCUGCAGACCAAGAUCGAAAAGACGUCCCGUUUACGCAUCCUUCUGAAUCUAAUAAACAAAAAUCUACCAGCGCGCGUUUGGCUACCACUGCAUACCGAAACUCCUCACCAUGUGGUGCGCAUCACCGAGGAGAAAACGGCCGUACUGAACUCGAAAGACAAAACGCCCUAUAUCAUCUACGUGGAGGUAGUCGAAGUGCAAGACAUCUACACGUCACCUGUCAUCCCGAAGCUGAUGCCGACACUCAGGCACACGAAAAGCGAGGAACGGCUUGACAGCAGCAUCAGUGCAAGCGCACUAAACACCGACGAAAGCAGCAACCCCAGUAAGACUGAACUGAACUCCUCCUGCCAACAGACGAAUGAAGAAUCAACCUCGACUGCUGCUGUACCACAGCAACCCACUGCACCACUACCAGCAGCAGUGGCAGCAUCGUUGGCUACGUCGCGAAGCCGUCAUAGCAAGCUUUCGGAAUGCUCGGCAGACAACGGAGGUAACGGUAGUAGUAUGAUGGAGCUCGGCCUAACGGAAGACGAUGUGUGGUCGCAGGAGGAUGACGAAAUCACGGCCCAGUAUCUGAGCCUUACGAAGAUGUCUAGUGAUCGGGAUGCGAUAUCACAGUUCUCUAUGGAUUCGUACGACUCGCGAGACCAUCACACUCCUGCCCUGUUUAACAUCGGUGAGGUAAAAAAGCGUCAUUGUGCCAACCUAAACUCGGAGAAUGCGAAACCUUUCAGCAAUGAUCCAUCUGAUCCGUCUGCCGCGGCGUUAAAAGAACCGUGGCAUGAAAAGGAAAAACAAAUACGGGACUCAUCACCUUACGGGCAUCUUCAGUCCUGGAGACUACUGUCGGCGAUCGUUAAAUGUGGUGAUGAUUUGCGACAGGAGCUGAUGGCCACGCAGCUAUUGCAGAUGUUCAAACUGAUUUGGGAGGAGGAAAAGGUAGGACUUUGGGUACGUCCGUACCGGAUCGUCUGUCUCUCGAACGAUUCGGGGCUGAUUGAAACGAUCGUCAACACGGUUUCGCUCCAUCAGAUCAAGAAAAAUUCCAACAAGAGCCUAAAGGACUAUUUUAUCGAUGAGUUUGGCGAUGUGGAAACGGUUGCGUUCCGUAUGGCGCAACGUAACUUUAUGCAUUCCUGCGCUGCUUACUGUCUGAUCUCGUACCUGCUGCAAGUGAAAGAUCGGCACAAUGGUAACAUCCUGCUGCAUUCCGAUGGACAUCUGAUCCAUAUCGACUUUGGUUUCAUCUUGAGCAUAUCGCCCAAAAAUUUAGGCUUCGAACAGUCACCAUUCAAACUGACGCCCGAGUUUGUUGACGUGAUGGGUGGUCCAGAGUCGGAGCUGUACUGUGAGUUUAAGUAUCUACUGCUGGACGGUCUCAAAGCGGCUCGCAAGCAUAUGGAUCGCAUCAUCAACAUUGUUGAAAUUAUGCGAAGCAGUUCGCAACUACCCUGCUUCAAAAACGGCUGCUCCGGUACGGUGCGCAAUCUUCGCAAUCGCUUCCACAUGAAUCUGACCGAGCAGGAGCUUGAGCGAAAGGUGGAACAACUAAUACAGGACUCGUUGAAUUCGCUCUCGACCAAGCUGUACGAUGGCUACCAGUACAUCACGAAUGGUAUCUUGUGAGAGCGAUUCGAUAUGCACAUCUAAGCGUUAGAUCCCGCUGAAGGGAAAGAUGAGCGUAUAGGAGGAGACAAAAUUCAACGGCCAAUUUGAAAAACAAACGUUAAAACAAACAGUACAAAGCGAUCCAACAAGGAUCGUGUUGUUUGCCGACUGCUGUGUGUAAACGGAAAACAGUGAGGAGGAAGUAAUUUUCAAAAUCCAAAAAAAUGUAAAUUGUUCUAUUUCUUAUUCGUUUUUUUUGCGAGAGAGAGAAAGGAAGUUUAAGAAGUUUUGAGUUGCAUUUUCAUACACUUGUUCAAAGAAACAAAAAUUGAAAGUAGAUCGUUUUGAAAAGAUACGUGCAAAACUGUAAAAUAUUGUAUUGAAUGCAAUGGAACGAACUAGUAAAGCGUUUGUGGUAGGUUUUUGUUUUUUUUUAAAUAUUUUAUGUUCUACCUGUACAUAUAAAUCAGAUAAGAAAAGUAAAUCAAAAUGCCACUCCUAGGAAAAAAAACAGAAAAUAAAAAUAGAUUAAUUAAACGAUACAAUGGGAAAUGAAAAGUCAAAUAAACACACACACACACACAUGAAAGUGAUCAGAUCAGAAUGAAUGCAAAAGAUAGGAGUAGUUUGUACAAAAAGUAGAAAAGCAACACAAACAAGUCGUAUUAGCUUUUGUAAGAACGAAAAAUGAUAGCUUUUUACACCCAAUUUCAUCUGAUGAAGAGAAAAAAUCACAAGCCCCCCCAAAAAGGUGUGCACAUGAACAUGUAAUGUAAUGAGUGUAAAAUAUAGAACAAGCGAUCAGUUUAUUAGCGGGGAGAAGGGAUCGAAUUCAGGAAUAAGAAUGCCCUCCAAUACUACCUUUUCCCAUUCGUAUUCGUACUCACUUACACAUUUCGCAUUCUUCUAUAAGCAGUUCGUUUUUUGUGCCCCCUUAUAGAUGUAGCGUUAUAAGGAAAAAUCAUAAAUCCACGUGCGAAAGGACGAGUAAUCGUUGUGCAAAAUCAAAAAGCGAGUAACAUGUUUAGCUUUUACAACAACAAAAAAUGUGCGUAAAAUCACACACUCAAACAACUAUUAACAACAAACACAGGGAUGUUGCUUAGAAGGGAAAGGGAACGGAAAGAAACCCGGCAAUAGGUGGUUAUGUUAUUGUCGUUACGUUUAUCACAUCAUGUACACCGUGUACUUGCAGGAAAGUGGGGUUUCGCUUAAACAAAACAAAAAAAACACCCCAAUACCACUACCUAACAUAAAUGUAUACUCUUGUUUCCGUUUUGCAUUAGGUAGAGUAAUAAUGAUAUUGUAAGUUUUGGAAACUUACAGGACGCCGCUGUUGUACAUAGCUAGAAGCAAUAAUAUGUAGCGAAACGACUCAUACAAUUGGGAAAUAGCAGAGAGAAAGAGAGAAAGAGAAAAAGGGAAACAAAGCCAAAACGAGGUAAAAAUAUUUCGUUCUUUUGUUUUUUGCUCCCCACUUAUUAGAGUGGAUAAAAAGACUCGAAGAGGAUAGUAGGAUUUUUACAGCUCCUUAGCCCCACAGUUUAACACCGUUACUUCUUCCUUUCUCUCAUAAAUGCAGAUACAGAAAAGAUACGCGUAAAACUUUUCCGCGCAUUGCAAAGUUAGUAUAAAGAAAAUAACUCUUAGAUACAGUCGAAUGUGAGGAAAAAUAGCGCAAGGGAAGAAAGAGGGUAUGAAUCUGCAGCAUAAACACGUACAUCCAACUCUCUCUCUCUGUCUCUCUUAAACUCUCUACGCUUUUCAUUAUAACUCUUGCAAACAUAUUCCUUAACUCUAGUAGAAACAAACAAACAACACGGAAAAUUCUAGCCAAGAAGUGAGAUAAGAAGAAGUGAGGGAAAUCUGGAAAAAGGCUGCAUCCCCCCGAAACGAUAAGAAUACUCAAUGUAAUCAACUUAUGGAAAUGGAAAGCAAACAAGUUUGAGAUUGGAAAUAUCGAAAAAUAGCGUCGAAAUGUAUGUGAAGGUCUAGUUUCAUUUUUCACCUUUGUGUUGUGUAUAUGUUUUCCCUCCCCCAUUUUAUUAUUAACUACGGGUGGACAAAACAAUUGAACAAUUGGAUAUAAAGAAUUAGAGCACUACAGUAAUUCACUUCACUAGUGUGAGACCAACGUUAGUACACUGUAGUGAGAAACAGUGUUACGGCUUCUCACCCUAGUGAGUUUCCACGAAGUGAGCAAGACGAAGUGAAGUGAUCGUGCUGUUAUUGCUUAACUGAAGAAAGUUAGUGAAAAUUCUUCUUGAAACAGCAAUUAUUCAGCGAGCAAAUUAUUUAUACACCCGGGAUCAAUAACUAAAAAACAAAACAAAACAAAAAAUACGUUACACAAUGUGCUAUAUAUGUAUAUUCAUACCGUUUACUUACUAUGUUCCGGGUUUAAUAUUAUUGUAUCGGUUGAUUACGUUUACGAAACAUACUAAUGUAUAUGCGUACGUAUUGUUUAUUUCUAAAUCACGGUUUAGGCGUAAAGGAGAAUGUAAAGAAAAUCGGCGCUCGUAAAUUUUCGGUUUUUGUACAGCAUACUUAGUAAUAGUAAGGAAAAUUUACCGAUACGCGUCUUCUUGAAGGAAAAGGAACUACAGAAGUGGUUAAAAGGUGCAAAAGAUGUCCCUAUUACCUAGUUACGUUCUUUUACAAUCCACAUGGACAGAAAGCGCAGGAUCAAGAACGUGUACGUACGUGCCAAGCCGGUUCGAACGGUACGGUCAGACGCCUAAAUGGGUAGUGGAAAGCGAAGAAGAGGCGCAGUUAGCCUAGGCAAACCCUAAUAUAAUUAACGAUUAGAGCGCAGCGCAGACGAAAAACGAGUUGGUCGACAGUCAAGGAUGCAAUGCAACAUUACUCACGUUUUGGAAGGGGAAACAAUGGAAUAAAGGAGGGAAAAUUAAAAAUUUUGUCGUCGAAAUUGGAAUAUAAGUUGAAAAAAAUGAUAACAAA